AUGGCCUCCAAAUCCAAACUCAUCGCUAUCGUUGCUGGUGUCGGCCCCGGAACCGGCGCCUCCGUCGCCCGCAAAUUCAGCCAAACCUACCCCGUCGUGCUCCUCGCCCGCACCCCCGAGUCCUUCUCUUCUCUCGCCGAGGAAAUAAACGCGGCCGGCGGCCGCGCCCUCGGUAUCGCCACAGAUGUAUCUUCUUCUUCCAGCCUGUCUUCAGCCGCCAGCGCGAUCAAAAAAGAGUUCGGCGACGAUGUCGCAGCCGCAGCAGCGAUUUUCAAUGCUUCUGGUGCGUUUAUGCGGAAGCCGUUUUUGGAGAUUCCGGUUGAGACUUUUGAGAAGAGUUUGGGGGUUAGUGGUAUGGGUGGCGUGUUGUUUUCGCAGACUUUCUUGCCGUUGUUGCUUAAGGGCGUGGAGAGGGGGAGUGAACAUCCGCCUAGUCUGAUUUUUACGGGGGCGACGGCGAGUGUGAAGAGUAAUGCGCAGAUGGCGAGUUUCUCGACGGGGAAGUGGGCGUUGAGGGCUUUGAGUCAGAGUUUGGCGAGGGAGUUUGGACCGCAGGGUUAUUACAGCAAGCACGUCGCCGUCCCAUCUUUUGGAUUCUCCAUGCCCAGUUUCACCAAGAAGUCUGCUCCGGCUGCCCGGUCUGCUGUCGCCUCUCUAUCAUCUGAGGUCAAGUCGGCGGAGACGAAGCAGCCCAUGGUCAAGGUCGAUGAGACUCCCAACCAGGAUCUCAUCAAAGUUGAGACUGGAAAACCGCAGUCCAAGGUCACCGCCGCUAUCCAGGCGACUCGAGACCAGAUGGCCAAGUUCGUGGGCCUACGUCGUCAAGAUCGCCCUUCCACGGCAAAUGCGACGAUUGGACGUGGUCCAAGCGCGUCCUACGGAGGAUACAUCAGGAGGGGAUAG